AUGCGGCAGGCGCUAUGCCUCUUCCUGUUAGCGCCUGUCGACCAGGUAGCCCAGCUGACGGCGGCGCAAGAGUGUCCCGAAGAGGCAGACUUCGAUUUUUCAUCAUCCGUCCCCUUGGCGUAUGAUGGUGGCGAAUGCGGACAUUUCUGCCGGGCAUACAAUUGGUGCAUCGACAGACACAACAUCGCGGAGUAUAAUGAUAAAACAUUGACUGAGUGCGCGUGCGCCUGCCAAUCCAACUCUGCGUGCGUCUCCUUCGACUGGCGGGACGGGACUGGAUACAACUGCGCGUUGCAGUUCGCGCGCAGCAGUGAAGUCUCGCAUGGAACCACGUGCAUCGAUAUUGGGUGGUCUUAUUUCGAGAAGCUGACGAUGACCGCGGGGACCUGCUUCUCCGACGACUUCAGUAGCAUCGAUAGCGGCUGGAUCUCCGUUGAGGGCGACUGGUCGUGGUCGGGCGGCACGGUCGACAACAAUGUUGGCAACUAUGACGAAGGUAAUGUACUGUACAUUGACGCCGACUACAGCGAUGGCUACCUUGAGGCCUCGGUCAGUGUAUCUAGUGGUGAGGAAGCGGGUCUUCUCUUUCGCAUCACCGACAUGCCGGCUGCUGCCAAUUACUUCAAUGACGCUGGUCAGAUGUACUACUGCGGCAUUGCGAGAAUUAACUAUUCUCAAAUGGUGAUAUGCGGGCGCAUGAACAACAACUGGUCCGAACUCUUCACAUACUAUACCACGAUCGCACAAGGACAGUUUUAUGACCUCGGUAUUAACAUGGACGGAUCAGACUUCACUGUCUUCCUUGACGGUGCAGAGAUCGGCAGCUUCAGCGACUCUAGUUAUAGUAGCGGCGGUGUCGGCUUGCGGACUUAUCAGGGCCGCGGCGUUUACGACUCCAUCUCGUACGAGGCGCCAGAAUGCACCACCACGACCACCACGACCACGGGGACGGGCUACAUCUUCCAGGCGGGCCGCUGUUACCCUGAGUCCGGCGCGCCGUUAAUAAACACGGGAGGUGGUAUGGCAAACGACGUUAGCGACGACUUUAGAGAAACAGCAUCGCCCCAACUAUGCUACAAUUACUGCGCCGCUAAUACAAUGGGCAACAAUUACAUGGGUCUCGACCUAAGGUCCACUGGUGGACAGGAUUGUGUGUGUAAUCGCCCGGGUGGACACACAAUCUUCAAUUUCGGUUGGUCUCGUCUUGAUGACCAAGGUUCGAUUCGCACGCAGGCAAACCAGCCCAGGACGACUACAACGAUGACCGCUGGGGGAUGUGUAAGCGACCCGCUGUGACAUCGGUGGCGAUUGAAGACAUGGACUGGUCCUGGAUGACCGAAGAUUAUGUCUGUUUCACGGAAGAUUUCGACGCCGACGCCGAGCUCUCGGAGCUCUGCGACGAGGGCGAGAGCGAUGCCGACGGCGGCGGCGGCGACGACAAGGAUUCGGACGACAACUCCCUGGCGUUGAUCUUGGGCGUCGUCGGCGCGGUCGUUGUCGUGGGUAUCGCCAUCAUGAUCGUCGUGAUGAAGCGGCGCAAGCCGGCGAAGCCUCCGUCUGAGGCCGCGCCUCCGGUCGCGGCUGUGGUGCAUGAGCCGACGUCGCCGCCACCACCGCCUCUGGCACCGAUCAAGGCUAUGGCCCUCGAAAUGAUGGCCGAGGAGACCGCGGAGUUCGCCCCAGAGGCCGCUAGCCUGCCACCGGGUUACGUCUCAGGCGCCGAGGCCGCCGCGAUGGCCCAGCCGUCGGAAGGCUGGGGCAGGCGCUUCGCGUCGUGGCGGGCCGUCGGGGAGCCGCCGCCGCCGCCUCAGGCGGAAUUCGAACCGGAAUGCUAG